CUCCCUGCCAUGUUUUUCGUCCUCACGUCACUUCCGCUGUGGCGCGAGUCGCGAGAGAGAACUGAGAACAGAAACACACAAACUUCUGAACACACAGCUGCUGUAUUAUAUCAGACAGCAGAAAACAGACAUUUCCUUUUGACAAAUUUGUGAAAAGAACAGCGGUUGGAUUCAUCGAGGAGAACAUGCCGCGGAGAAAGAGAACAGCAGGCAGUAGUUCAGACGGGACUGCUGAUUCUGAUGACUCUGGAGAUCAUGAGAAGACCGACAGCUCCCAUAGUGAAGCCAAUCAGCGCAAUAACACUCGUCUGACCCGUUCAUCACUGCGCCUGAGCCAGAGCUCUCAAGAUGCCCCACCAGAUGUGAAACAAGCAGCAGAGAGAUAUGAGUCUCCCCCCAGGACACCCACAGGAAACGCCCCCUCAUCCGAAUCCGACAUCGACAUAUCCAGCCCCAAUGCAUCCCACGAUGAGAGCGUGACUAAAGACCAGAAAGACUCUGGCAGCGAUCCCUCCCAUCGUCCAAAACGCCGCCGCUUUCACGAGAGCUACAACUUCAAUAUGAAGUGCCCCACACCUGGGUGCAAUUCUCUAGGACAUUUAACAGGGAAACAUGAGAGACAUUUCUCCAUAUCAGGAUGCCCUCUCUACCAUAACCUCUCAGCAGAUGAGUGCAAGGUAAAAGCCAUCGAGCGUGAGAAACAAGAGGAAGAGCGCAGUCAGGGGCAGAACGAGGAGAACAGACACGCUACUCGGCAUCAGGCACCAACUCCAAGACAAGUUCGAUAUAAAGAGAAGGUAAUGGAGAUGAGGAAGAGGAGGGAUUCUGGACUGACAAAAGACCAAAAAGAGAAGUACAUGGAGCACAGACAGACACACGGAACCACACGUGAACCACUGCUGGAGAACAUCACCAGUGAUUAUGAUCUGGAGCUCUUCAGGAAAGCUCAGGCCCGCGCAGCAGAGGAUCUGGAGAAACUGCUUCUGCAGGGUCAGAUCACAGAAGGCAGUAACAUGAUCAAGACCAUCCUGUUUGGCCGUUAUGAGCUAGACACUUGGUACCAUUCUCCCUACCCUGAGGAAUACGCCCGUCUGGGGCGUCUGUACAUCUGUGAGUUCUGCCUCAAGUAUAUGAAGAGUCAGACCAUCCUGCGCAGACACAUGGCCAAAUGUGUGUGGAAACACCCUCCUGGUGAUGAAGUCUACAGAAAAGGUGCCAUUUCUGUGUUUGAGGUUGAUGGGAAAAAGAACAAGAUCUAUUGCCAGAACCUUUGUUUGCUGGCCAAGCUGUUUCUGGACCAUAAAACACUGUACUAUGACGUGGAACCUUUCCUGUUUUAUGUCAUGACUGAAGCUGAUAACACAGGCUGUCACCUCGUGGGAUAUUUCUCAAAGGAGAAGAACUCAUUCCUGAAUUACAAUGUGUCCUGUAUCCUGACUAUGCCACAGUACAUGAGGCAGGGCUACGGCAAGAUGCUCAUUGAUUUCAGUUACCUGCUGUCAAAGGUUGAAGAGAAGGUGGGUUCUCCAGAGCGCCCUCUCUCAGAUUUGGGCCUCAUCAGUUACCGCAGCUACUGGAAGGAAGUGCUGCUGCGGUACAUGUGCAACUUCAAGGGCAAAGAGAUCUCCAUCAAGGAGAUCAGUCAAGAGACGGCAGUGAAUCCUGUGGACAUUGUCAGUACUCUGCAGUCACUUCAGAUGCUCAAGUACUGG